GCAACAAUCAACUCUUCCGCGCUUCCAGAACAUUUUACACACAACACAAAGUGUGCAACAAUCACCAAUUGCUAGUAGUUCGCGGUACCUCCCAGUCCUGGGUAUCCUGUGUGUCAUUGUGUGUUGGUGUGUCUGUGUGUGUCCUGUGGUGUCCAGUCUGCCAAAAACAGCUGCUUAUGUGCACAGGCCCCAGCAAUUGAAUUAGCGCAGUGUGUCCGGCCGGUAGUGUCCGGCUCUCUCCCCUAAGCACACACAGCUUCUGACAGUUUCGGUGUCCGGUCCAGUUGGUGAAGCAGUUAAGUGAGAGUGUAGCCGAGAGAGGUACGAGUAUUGAGCGCCAUUAGUCCUCCGAACAGAAAUCGGGUGUGUAGAAUAAAGCUACUGAACUCAGGUAGUGUAGGAGGCCGCCCCUUUGUUCCUUUGUCACCGAAGUCCCACUACCGUCGCCAUAUCCCUGUGGGGGGCGUCCAGGCGCUUGUCUUCUGUGGUGUGCCUUCAGUUGUAGUGGCCCGGAACCGGAACGCCCUGUCGAACACCGCGUCGUGCCCCUAGGCUCUCUAGACGGCCUACCAAAUGACGAGGGAUGAUAACGUGUUGUUGAAUGAUGUUUACUUCAAUGCGUACAACACUAAUUCACCGCUCACACCGUUGACGCCGAUGAGUAAACUCUUUGCACCGUUCGAGGGCAUCGGGGUGCACAGCGGAGUGCCGACACGCACCACGUCCACGCUCACCCCGACCACACUGAAGAAUAUCGAGCAGAGCGUCAUGGGGAUAACGAACGACAACCAGAUCCACCUACCGUACCAGGCGGGUUUCGUGCCACCGCCGUACCCGCUCGAGGAACACAGCCAGGACCGGGAGGCGAGCCAGGAGUCGUGCAGCUCAAACUCCAACACCUCCUGGCCGGUGUCCGGCUCGCACGGCUACGGUGCCGACGAUCUGGACUCGAAGUCGUCCACCUCACUGGACCCACCACCGCUGACCUCGUCGUCAUCGUCCCACGGUGGUGGAGGGCAUCACGGCUCGUUUGCCGCUGGGGCCGGGACCGGCGACACAGCAUCGUCCAGGACGCUCAAGGGCAGCGGCGCAGCAGGCGCCACCGCAUCUGGGACGCGUGGCUCUGGACGGCGUAACGUGGGCGGCCGGCGUCCGCACAAACCCUCGAACCUGUCGCCGGAGGAGGAGGAGAAGCGACGCGUACGGCGCGAGCGAAACAAGCAGGCCGCGGCCCGCUGCCGUCGGCGGCGCGAGGACCACACGAACGAGCUGGUCGACGAAACGGACCAGCUGGAGCAGCGACGCCAGACGCUGCAGAAGGAAAUCCAGGAGCUCCAGCAGGAGAAGGACGAGCUAGAGUUUCUGCUUGAGACACACCGAGAACACUGCCGCCUGCAGGGCCGCAGGAGCCCGCUCGAUAUGAAGCCGACGGGGCUGAUCGAUGGGAACACAAAUGCUGCGCUCCUACUGCCGAUCAUCAAAACCGAACCGGAAGAGGAACUCUCACAGCAGCAGCCAACGCCACCGCAGCAGCAGCAGCUGAAGCUGGCGCCUAACGAUGCACAGAAUGAAGCCCAUCCGUUCCAAGGGGUACCGCCGGGGAAGAAGUUGAAGCUGUCGAACGUCAUAGCGGACAGUUUGAAUACCCCACCCACCGUCUCGCUUUCCCUGUCACGACCUGGAAGUCUCAACGUGAAACCGGAAGAGUUUCAGCUGGGGGGCGUGAGUGGUGGUACGCCCUCGAGCGGGCUGUUCAACUUCGAAAGCCUGAUGCAAGGUGGUACCGGCCUCACACCGAUCGCGGCUCCGAUCAGCUUCUCAGCGAACCGCAACCCGCUCGAGCUCAUCACCCCGACCUCCACCGAGCCGUCGAAGCUGUUCAGUCUAUGAACCCAGCGAGAGCGCCGCCACGAUCCUCAGCAACUAUCAUCUAUCAAUUGACAGAGUAACACCCACCCACACACACAUGCAUACUUACGCACAAUAGUAACAGUGUACGACAGUGGUACACAGUGGCUCAAUCAACAACCCCCCUCCAAAACCGUCUCAGAGAUGCUAGCGAUUGUAUUGAAAUCCGAAUGCUACACGGAGUUUGGCAAUCCGGACCAGAGAGAGAGAGAGAGAGAGAGCAACAAUGAAUAUUUUCAAUUUACUUCCCCCAGAUUUAUCUUCUUCUUCAGGAACAACCACUGAGCGAUCUUAGCCUGCACCAGAGACAAUGUUCAUGCUCUUUCUGUAACGGUUCGUUUUUACGGGCGGGACUUGAACCCAGGCCCAGGCUGCGUGACAGCGACGAGCGUACCGACUGCUCCAGCAGCAGGGGUCCAAAUUUAUCAGCCAUCCAAAAUUGGCGGCCUUUUGAACGGGGGCUCCGCUCGGCGUUCCAGUAGAGCGGGGGCUGAACGUAAAGGAAAGAAUCCAUCACUAAAAUUUAUUUGUAACCUAGUAACUGCAACACUGAUUUUCGUGAAAUCAGGACACGUUCAUUACGCGAGUGUACGUGCGUCCAUUGGUUGACAGGUGGGCGUGCGAAAAUCAGUUGGCUUUUGGAACGACGGUGCCAAAAGCACGGUCUUGAUCAUUGUCCCCAACGCUUCCGGUGCAACUCAAAUGUAUGUUCGUCGUCGCACACACUCGCCACCUAAAUUGAACGCUGAAACACAGGGAUCAGGAUUAAACAGGGAACAAGUCAUUCCGCGUUAAUCGAUUUUCUGGUCGAUGCUCUUAGUAGUAGUUACGUGAGGAUAUGCAUAGCAAGGAUUGGCUACAGGUUGUUGAGGGUGAUACAGCAACGAGCUGCUCAGCAUUCGGCCGAGGAUCCUUUUGAACUUCGCAGCUCUUUCUUUGCCUCUUGACGUGCACCACCGGCACGUUCUUUUAAUUCAUAUACAUAUUAAUACUUUAAACUUAAUUAAUACAAUCAAUCACUUUAACAACAUAAUACUUCGUUGGGAUCCAAUUUUUUUUUAAUUAUACUUUUUUUAUACCCAUAGACUAUAGUAAUAACUCGUUAGAAUGCAGUUAUCUUUAUUCACUGUUUCUUAAGAUAGUUUCAAGGAUGUUUCACUAGCCAAUUAAUAAAAGAUCGCAUCUUUUCAGUUUCAACCAAUAAUUUGGCAAUGUAAUUCAAGUGCUCUGAGUUUACACUCGUAUUUCUUUUAUCUAUAUUGUUUAAAAUGACACUAUUAAAAUGACUAGUGUUGGUAUUACCAAAGUUUUGCGAUUAGUGUUAACAUCGCGAAUGUCGCGAAUACGAGCAAACUCUACGAACUUUUCCAUCGAUUCAAGUAAAACCAGUUAGAUACGGUACAACUCUCUCCUUGAGAACAAAUAAAAACUAAAGAUAGUUGCCCGUUCGCACCACCACACCUUUGCCUUAGAAAGCCCAGACGAUUCCGAGCCGUCUCCGUUGUUUGUUCAUUGCAAGGCCAUAGAAAAGAACAUAAACAACAUUAAAAAAAAAAACACAAUGACAACCUCAUUCAGUGUACUAUCAAGUGUGCUAAACCCGCGGUGUUACUUUGCGGAGCUUCAUUUUUAUAUACAUAGCUGAUUCUGACCCUCAUCACCUUGCAAUCGAGGUCUUAAUGACGUAUGUAGUUAUUUAUGUUUUUAAUCGGUUUUUAAUGAAUAUGGUAGGUGCGGCUCGGUAUCGUUUGGUAGUUUUGAAGCAAAGAUGCGGGCGGGCGGCUGUCUAUAGAUGCAACAUAAUAGAGACGCGUAUUAACUCACUUUUGCCAACAGAUUAGUACCGAGCAAAAGUAGUGUAGUUUAUGUUUAAUGAACAACACACUGAAACAAUCAAACUCGAUCGGUCUCUCGUGAAAGCAAACGCAGCGGUGGGAGAAGACGAGCAGCCAUUGCUUGCCUGUGGGGUGGGGAAGUCUGCCGAAGACUUGGUCAACCUGACCGGCUUUUUCUUUGUGAGGAAAAAACUUUGUAAGGUUAUCGAAAAAAAACGAAAAUAAGGAACGAAAACAAGCAACUGUAAGGAGGUACAGAAAAAAACGAAAAACUCCCGUGAUACGAACGUGUUUAUUCUUAUCUUUUCACAUUCUGUUUCAACAUAUACAUAAAUUUGCAAAGGAAAACAUUUUCCAAACCCAGGGUGAUUUUAGAUGUUGGGACCGAAUAUAAUAGGAAAGCGAUUCUGGGAAUGGAAACAAUAUUUACAAAAUUUAUAUUUUUAUACCGCAUAUUCUUGUUCCUGUACUGUAAGGUUUGCGAAACAUACGUAUAAGCCGAGAAAAGCAGCAAAGUACGUGUGAGAGACACAACGAAUAUGUAAGUGCGAGCACAUGAAUUACUUUACACGAAUUACCAAGCUUUGCCGAAAAAGUAUCAGCCCAAAAUGAUAUGAUAAUAAUAAUAAUGAUGAUAAUAAUAUUAUAAUUAUAUACGGCACAGCCCUUAACUUAAAAGAAAUAAAAUUUAAAAAAAUC